AUGACGACAGAGAGCGAGUACUGUGAAAUGAGAUUCAUAAACGAAGCCCAAUCCUCGGGUUCCCCAUCAGAGGUUCCUGCCGUUCCAAAAGAGAAGAUUUGGCCUCCAAAAAGUAACACUGGUUGCCUCAAACUACUUCUUGUCUCUUCGCUGAUUCUUCUGCUGCUAAAAAUCUCAUUUCUGACUGGUAUUAUCAGUUUCUUUCAAAAAUGUUCUAAACUUGUUCAAGAAGAAAAGUCUACCCUAGAACUGACUCACACAAUGUUGGAAUGUAAGAAAGAAAACGUGACCGUGGAAGGCAAAUCCUGGAGCUGCUGCCCGAAGAAUUGGAAACCAUUUGGUUCAAAUUGCUACUUUGUUUCUUCUGAGAUAAAAAACUGGAUUGACAGUGAGAAGCACUGUGCAGAGAUGCAGGCGCAUCUGCUGGUGGUCGACAGCAAGGAGGAGCAGGAAUUUCUUAAAAAUAAUCUGAACAAGGAUUAUCCUUAUUAUGUGGGGCUGUCAGAUCUGAAGAAUGGUCACUGGGAAUGGGUUAAUGAGAAACCAUACAAUCCAAGUGUCACGUUCUGGCACCCAGGUGAACCCAGUAAUGACGAUGAACAUUGUGUUGUAUUAAUUUCUCAUCACCAAUUGGGCUGGGGCUGGGAUGAUAUCCCUUGUUAUUUGUUUUUGGAAUCAAUUUGUGAGAUGCUGAAGAUCUACCUAUGA